CUAGAGCUUCGGAUUCGCUUGAGCCUCAAUUCAACGCACGACCUCUCGAUUGCUCUACACCUCCAUCCCACCAACACCACCGGCCAUCACAAACAUCAUCAACCACAUCCGGCCCUACCUCACUCACCUCGCCAAAAUCUCCCACCAGCUCGCCGGAAACUCACAGCCAUGUCGGGAAGCGCCGGUUUCGAUAGGCACAUCACUAUCUUCUCGGAUCAGGGGAGGCUGUAUCAAGUCGAGUAUGCGUUCAAGGCCAUCACCGCGGCAAAUAUCACAUCCAUCGGCCUCCGCGGAAAGGACUGUGCCGUCGUCAUCUCGCAGAAGAAAGUUCCCGACAAGCUCCUCGACCCCUCGUCGGUAACCUACAUCUUCAACCUCUCGCCGAGCGUCGGCUGCGUAAUGACGGGCUCGAUUGCGGACGCUCGUGCGUCCGUCACGAGGGGAAGGGCCGAGGCCGCAGAGUUCAGGUAUAAGUACGGCUACGAGAUGCCGUGCGAUGUGCUCGCGAAAAGGCUGGCGAAUAUCAACCAGGUGUACACGCAGAGGGCGUACAUGCGUCCCCUCGGCGUGUCGAUGACGCUCAUUUCCCUCGACGACGAGCUGGGCCCGCAGCUCUACAAGACGGAUCCGGCGGGAUACUACAUCGGCUCCAAGGCGACGGCGUCGGGGCCCAAGCAGCAGGAGGCGCUGAACUACAUGGAGAAGAAGCUGAAGAACAAGGAGUUCGCACCCGGCGAUUGGAAAGAGGUUGUCGAGACCGGGAUCCAGGCGCUCAGCAGCGUGCUCAGUGUCGACUUCAAGAAGGGCGAGGUCGAGGUCGGUGUCGUCGGUGCCGAUGGAAGCGCCGCGUUCAGAAAGCUCUCCGAAGAUGAGAUCGAUGAGCGUUUACAGGCUAUUGCCGAGAAGGAUUAGGUCUGCCUGUCUAGUCUGUCUAGUCUGGCCGGCUGUUAGCGGAAUAGAUUGGUCGAUUGCUUGCAACAAUAGCGAAUGAAACUUCGUCUGCGAGUUCCAUUAUACAGUUUCUUUCUUUCUACACACAGAUGCCCCCCACCACCCGUGAGAGCAGAGGGGUACAGAAUGCGUUUCAAAGACCCGCACUUGUCCGCGUUUCAUCCGUGCAAAUAAGUGAGAUGCAUACAGUCUACCUACCUAUAUAUACUUCGAGCAAGCGUGUACGAACGCGUAUAUCACAG